GAAUAAAAUUGGAUUUCCUGUGUCGCUUCUGUCUGUAACCAAGUGGGAUUAUCAAGCAGUUGAACACAUUAAGAGAUAUUGCCUGUGAAUCCUGACUGAAUGAGAAGAUAAACGUGAUAAACAGAAUUAUUUUGCUCUUCCAACUGUGCCUAGCAAUGGUGACAAUGAAAUGGAUGUGUGUAACCUUCAUCACACUGUUCAAGACUCCGACAGUAACCUCUGACAGCUUUGUCAUCACUGGACCAGCUGACCCUGUUCUUGGUGUAAUAGGGACCAAUACUACGUUUGAGUGUCUGCUCUCUCCAAGAACCAUCUCUGAUAUUAUUCAAGUAGUCUGGACCAAAUCAAAUGUCCCAGUACAUCUCUAUAUCGAAGGUAGUGAGGAUGAAGUCAUACAAGACAGCUUCUAUGAGGGACGGACUGUGCUCUCCAGACAAGAUCUACACCAUGGAAAUGUGUCUCUUACAUUGACAGGAGUGAGGAUAGCUGAUGCAGGAACCUACAAAUGCAUUGUGAAGUCCAAGGACUGGAUUGACGAGUUGUUGGUAGAGCUACAGGUGGUGGCACUGGGACAGACUCCACUGAUCUCUGUUGAGGAUAUUCACAAACAGCAAGUCACUCUGCUUUGUGAGACUGAAGGGUGGUUUCCAGAACCAGCACUGAUAUGGAAAAAUGGUCACCAACAGAAUAUUUCUGCCAGCACCAAAAUAGAGAAAAUGCCCAGUGGUUUGUAUCGUGUAAGCAGCACAUUGCAGGUGGGUCAGGACACAGAGAACAGUUUCAGCUGUUUCAUUUGGAACCAGAUUAUACAGGCUGGCCAGGAAUCAAGAAUAAAACUUACAGACAAAGCCCUGCCACAACUUCUGCCCUGGCAGGUUUCAUUUGGCGUGGUGCUUGCUUCUGCAGCCAUAGGACUUCCAGUCAUCAUUCUGUUCUAUAGAAGAAAGUACCACAGGUUCCAAGUUCGAGAAAAGACAUUACAAGAAGAAACUAAACGUCUGCUUCAUGAAUGUGAACUAAUGCAGAUCAGAACCUGUGCAGUAUCACUGAGAUUGGAUCCUGCUACAAGUCAUUCAUACUUGAUACUGUCGGAGGACAGGAGCAGUGUGUUCUAUAGUAAAGAUCGUCAAGAUGUGCCUGACAAUCCCAAGAGAUUUGACAUUAAUGUUUGUGUGCUGAGCGAACAAGGCUUUACAACAGGGCAACACUACUGGGAAGUUGAUGUAAGGAACAAGACAGACUGGAGACUUGGGAUAGCUCGAGAUUCUGUGAACCGCAAAGGAAUAUUUACACUGUUACCCAAAAAUGGAUACUGGCUUCUUUGGCUCAGAAAUGGCAGGGAACUUAAAGCCCUAUGUUCUCCAACAAUUUCUCUGGCAAUGGAAUCUAGACCUGCAGUAAUUGGGAUUUACUUGGACUAUGAGGCAGGUCUACUGUCUUUCUACAAUGCUGAAAACAUGACUGUUCUCUUCACAUUUCAUGAAACCUUCACUGACAAACUCUAUCCAUUUUUUAACCCUUCUGACAAUGAGGAUGGAACUAACCCAGACCCAUUGCAGAUACACCCUGUAAAUCUGAGAAGCAGAGCUUUCAUCACAGGAAGAAACGGUCUUUGACACAACUGCACAUACAUACAUACAUACAUACACACACACACACACACACACACACACACACACACACACACACACACACACACACACAAAGGCCAGUCUGUUACAUGAUAAGUAUGUUGCUUACUUUUGCACAGUAUAAAUACAUUUCAGGUCAAACAGUGAAAUAUGAAACUGCAUUAUAGUGUUAUUGUAUUUAAUAUUUUAUUUAUAACUUUUUGUGACACAGUCACAAAACCUGUUCAAUAUGUAACAUAUUAGAUGUUAUAUAUCAAACCAGAUGUUACAUUUGUAAGUUUAACCAAUAAAUGUUGCAUUAUUUCCAUUUUUUUCAUUUUA